AAUUUUCUUCCAGUCAGAAAAGCUUUUUCUUGAAGUGACGUUCUUGUUUUAAGACGAGAUUAAUCGCCGGAUAAUCCCGUUAUGUAGUCGGGGCUUUAUUAAAAUAUAAAUUAAGCGAAUUAAUGAACACGUGAGAGCGUAUAUCAUCAUCGAUUCCAUUCCUGAGGUGAUUCUCGUGCAUAAUGGAGCACCCCCCGACCCUUUUGGACCCUUACGAACAGCAGCUGCUAAAAGUGUUCAACAGUCACGACUUGGGCAACUGCGGCAGCCUGGACAAAGACGGGCUGUCGCAGUUGUGCAUCACCCUACAGCUCGAGGAACAGGGAAACGAGCUGAUCAGAUGUCUGUUGAACGAAAAAAGGUCCAGAGCCAACUUUGGGGAGUUUAAGGAUGCCUUAUUGAAUUUGUUGGGUAAAAUGCAAAACAACAAAACCAUCUCAGAGAGUCCGUUAAAAGAGCAUAAAACCUUAGUGGAAAUAGACUCGCCGGAUCGAGAAGUUUCGCCAAAAUAUGUAUACGGAAGCAAAAAAUACGGCAGAAGAACCCGACCUAGGGCUGACGAGAUAGUACCAGAAGACCCCGAUCAAAGUAAACAAGGCUCCCCGGUCCAACGAUCCAACUCGCAAAGCGAGGUUUUAACCAAAAAACGAAAAACUAAUUAUAAAUUGAAGCGAUGCACCUCGUUGCCCGGUCAUAAGGACCUGACUAACGCGAAUUUCAUCGCCUCCUCACACUUGAGCUGCGAACCGGAGAUCGUUUGCACCGAGGAGAUGCUGAGGGAGGCCUGGCAAAAGUUGGGAGUCGGUGAGGACGGAUUUUUGAACCAGACCGAGUUGCUGCUGGUCUGUGACGCAAUCGGUUUACAUAAGUUGGCCGACGAGAUAAUCAAACAACUAUCGGUGAACUGCGACCGAAAGAUCAGCUUCAAAGAGGUCCUGGAGGUGAUCCAGAGGGACGAAACCUGGUUCGACGUAUUGAGCGACGAUCGGCUAAACGUGACCGGCAGCAGCACGCGCGAGGAUCUGUUUCCCGAUUCGCAGACGUUCCAGUACGUCACCUUAGGACCGGACGGGGACGGUUUAAUAAAUACGGACACCCUGAUCCGAAUGUGGGAGAACGUGGGCGUACACUCGCCCAAGGAGUUGUUGCACGAGUUGGGAUUCGAUGCGAGAAAAAUCAACAUUGGCGAAUUGGCGGAAGUAUUGGAAAAACAGACUCGUACCAUGCAGGAGGGUACACGUAGCGAGUACCAGGACCCCCAUAUCACGUUACUGCAAGCGAACGUCUCGCUGUACCAAUCGGAAAUCCGUUGUUUAAGGAGCAUUUUGGAGCAACUGCAAGCGGAACGGGAGAAACUGCGGUUGGACGUGAGCGAGGCGAACAAUAGGGCGACGAUGUUGGCCCAGGAGGUCGACGACAACCACGUCAGGAUGGAACAAAAUACGCUUAAUCAAGUGAAAUUAUUGAAGCAACGCCACGCGGACAUGCUAAAAGACUUAACCUCGCAAUACGCGAAGGACAAGGAACAAUUGAGCGUGAUAAAUCAGUCGUUGGAAGAUAAGAUUGCCGCUUUGGAGCAGGAAACUGUAAAAUUGAAGAGUGACCUGGUGGUCGCGCAGAAGUACUCGAUAAACGUGGAAAAGGAGAAUCAGGGGUUGGGUGGGAGGAUAUGCGAGCUGGAGCAGGAUAGAGAGGCGCUCCUGGACAAAGUGGGCGUGUUGGAGACGGAAAAACAGAAACUCAGCGAACUGGGUAAAGAGGAGCACGACACCCUCCUAAGCAAACUGACGCAUUUGCAACAAGAGAAUUCGGGUUUGAAAGACAAAAACGACGAGAUGGAGUCGGAAAUCGAGAAUCUAACCAAUCAGGUUAUGCGAAUGUCGGCGAAGGCGAGCAGCACCCCCACCAGGAGCUACAACACCCUCGAUCAGUCAAUGGAGGAGGACGUGGUGGUGGCGGCGGUUUGUGAGGCCACUUUGGGCCUGGGCGCAAAGAGGAGGAGCAAUUGUUCGCCCAGUAAGGACUUACAGAUGCUGAAAAUGACAGACGGCAGUCCGCGCUUAGGCAAACUAAGGAAAUGCUACAAAUCUCGAACUCCCGAACAGUCGGAAGUUCCGUUCACUUCAAGCGAGAGCGGUUUCGACACCGAACCGGAAUCCCUUUCGACUUCGACGUACGAUUAUGACGAGGUGUACAGGUUACAAGCCCGAGUAGCUUUUCUCGAGCAAGUGCUCUUGCAAAAUAACAUACCUGUACCCACAUACGAGGAAACCGAGAACACGAUAAUAUCGACCAUGCAGCUCACCUGCAGAGUGAAGCAACUAGAAAAGGUCAUUUCCCAGGCCAGGAAUGACAUAAACCGGAUCGUAAACAGAGACGAAAAGUGCCCGAACUGCGAUAGAUUGAGGGACACCUGCGAAAAGUUGGAAACCACUUUGGUGCUGAACGAAUUGGAAACUUGCGUGGAUGAGAGUUCAACGGAUCAAGGAAACCAGACCGAACUGACCAUGGCAAUUAUCGAGGAACGAAUGGACAAACUUGAACGAGAAAACGAGGAGUUAAACGUGAAAUGCUCGGAACUGGAAAACUGCAUCGAAUUACUCAGGAACGAGUAUGAAAAGUGCGAGGACUAUUGGCAAACGAAGGUGGACGAGGAGCGGCAGUUUUUCGAUGCCGAACAGAAGAUCAGCGGUGAGAAGUUGAACGAACUACUAGAGAAGAUGAGGGAGUAUGAAGAACAGUAUGCUACCCAGGAUCUAAUGGACGGUCGUUUACCGCCGAUAGUAGAACAAGAAAACUUGGAAAAACAAUUUACGGAUCUCGAGCAGGAGUUCGACGACUUCCGGGCGUAUCACGAGGGUGAAAUUUUCAAGAAAGAGGAGGAGAUCAGUCUGCUCAAAGAGAAACUGACGGAGAUGGCGCUGAGGCAGCGAAAGAUGCAGGAGGCGGACGCGGAUGCCGAGGAACGGAGGAUAUUGAAUAAAAUGAAGAAUUUCACGAGUUAUAUUAUUGAAAGUAGUUCUAAAUUCUCAGAAGAAAUGCUCCCGCCCCCCGUACCUCAAACCGCCGUCGACCUAUCAAAACUAAACUGGAUCAAACCGGCUCCCAGAUCCGAAACGGAAACUUCCACGGCGAGUUCCUUACCUACAGGAAACUGGCCGUAUCCCGGAGGCAGGGAACAUUUGUCUUUGGGUGACUUACCUUCAUGCUCCUCCAGUCAAAAUUCGACCCCUUGCAGGCCUAAAAGGACCAGGAAGCACGACAAGAACAUUUAUAAGAAAAACCAGCAGGAGCAAGAGAAAAAGAGCGAAACUGGUCAGCAACCUCAGUCUUACCCUUCAGGGGAGCAGUCAGUCGUCUUACCUAUAAGCGCCUUCAAUAACAUCAUGGGCAAAAAGAACUAUUUGGAGCAACGGGUGAGACAUCUGCAAAUGUGCAUGAAGCAGCAACAUUACCACAACGAACAAACGUUACAAUACUAUUGGCAACAGUUCCGUGGCGAACGGGCCGAACUCCAAACGAAACUGAAGUUUUGCCAAGAGAAACUGGACCAUCAGAUGCGCGUUUGUAACGAACAUCUGGACAAACUGCAACGGAACGAUUUGUUCGUCAAGGAUUUGUUCGUCGAGAACGCGUAUCUGUUCGCGAACGUCGAACGGUUGGAGAAACAGUGCCGGAUGCUCGUGCAAGCUCGCGAUUGCUCGAGCUCGGUCUGAUCGAUUGUAUUUGCCAAAUAUCUGAACAAUUUAUUUAUUUUUUUCUAGUACAAAUAAGUUAGGAUUUUAUAAUGACUAUAAUACUUUGUACAGUACGAUUAUUAUUAUUGUUUUGUAUAUAUAGGAGGUACUUAAUCGGAUCUGAACGUUUCGGCUUGAAAAGAAUGUUUAUUCUAAUAUAUUCCAAAGAUUAAUGUAUUUUUAAUAUUACUCGAGCAUUAACCAAUACUAUAACAGUGUUAACGUUUUUUUUUUAAAUUUUUUUGUUUAUUAGUUGCAAUGGAUAUUUCAUUGCUGUUACGUCUUUUUAUCGGGACUAGUAGUCCCUUUUGUGUCAUACGAAGUUACUUAUAGGAAAUAUAUUUGUUUUCUUUAUUAAUGAAAA